AAUCUCUGGUGUGUCUGACCUUCCUGAAUUCCGAGUUCCCUAAUAGCUGCUGUACUCCAGCACAGCAACCUCUCGACGAUUUCGCUGCUUUCAUUUACCUGCAUCACCAUGGCCAUCGACGACUUCACUAUCCACAACGACGAUCCAGAAGAAGGAGAGGAUGAAGAAGAGGAGGAGGAUCUAGUGGAUCCACUGGAUGGAAUGAAGGAAGCCUGUGGGAAUACUAGUCACUGUGCAGCACUGAAUGAGAGGUUAUCCACAUGUAAUGAUCGAGUUGGUUCUCGUACCAAAACAGAAGAAACAUGCUCUGAAGAACUCUUUGAUUAUCUACAUUGUGUUGACCAUUGUCUAACACAAUCAUUAUUCAAGAAGCUGAAGUGAAUGACAUCCAUUUUAAUUUUAGAGAUGAGGAAAAGCACCUGAUAACAAUGCUGAAAUGUCAUCAUUGCCUCAGAGGCAAAUAAAGAAGUCUUGUUCAAAUGUCACUGGACAUAAGUUGAAGGACCAGAUGUAUUUGAAUUAUUAUUUAAGUAGGGUGUACAUGUAUGUAAAUAAAUGCUGUUAAAGUCCUUUAAAAUUCAUGAUCACACUA